GACUAUGACAUUGAGUACCUCCACCCGGGGCUACUGCAGCUGCCGGAUGGAAGCACGCUGCUCAUCAACGAGGCCAACUUGACUACGGGACAGCUCGACGACAAGGGCACGCACAACAUGGCCGCGCUCAUGACGCUCGUCGAGCACCAAGCGCUGCCGUACGACUUUCGCUUUUACAAGAAAGAGUUCAACCAAGACGCCAAAGUCAUUUCGCUCUCGGCCACCAAGUCGAUCCUCCCGACAACGUUGUACGUCCCGCUGCAGCCGACGACAACAAGAGAUGCGACGUACUCGGAGGCGCAGCUCCAGUGCUUUCGCAUCUACCUCGCAGUCUACCGCCACUUUAACGCAGACCUUGGCAACGAAGGCGCGGCGCUGGCCGAGCAGUGGUACAUUGAGCGACGUCGAGCCGAUGCGACCGUCGGGGCGGACGACUUGCACCGCUUGGUGCGCGUGGUGCGACUCCACGCUGUGAGCGUCGGUCACGCCAACGUCACCAAGGACGACUGGGACCACGUCGUGGCCCGCCACGCCCUCGUCAAAGCCCGCCUCGAUGGCCUCGCGUAA